UUUUAACUUAAUGAAGAUGACAUAAUGAAGAAUAACUCAGAAUUAGUACGGAAGUUGAGAAGUAUCGAGGGCAAAGAAAUCUGAACAUAUUUCAACAUUUGUUAAUCAUACAAAACUGAAAGGAUGGACAGAAGUUGUGGAAACAUUUCUCAAAAAGCAGUUCUUAUUAUUCUGAUAUAUUUUCUGAUGAGAAUUCUCCAGGUAGAAGGAGAAACAGGACAAUGUGUGAUGAACACAGAAUGUGGUGUGGAUCCAGUCACUAAUCUAAAAGCUCCAUGUGCCAGUUCUGUUCCUGCUAAGCCUCUUAGAAAUGAGACAAGUGUCAAACUACUUCAUCAGCUAUGUGGCAAGGCUUUUAAAACAGAUUUUGAUAGUCCUGUAUGCUGUGAUGAGUAUCAAUUAUCAUCUCUGGGCGAUCAAUUAAAGGGACCACUAGCUCUUCUACUUCAACGCUGUCCAUCCUGUUUUACCAAUUUGGCCAACUUAUUUUGUAUGAUGACUUGUUCUCCAGAUCAAAGUUCAUUUAUUCAGGUUACCAAAACAAAUGAAACUAGCCAAGGCAAGGAAAUGGUCACUGAAAUAAGUUACUACAUAACAGAUGCUUUCUCUGUAGGCCUAUAUGCCAACUGUGAAAAUGUGCAGUUACCCUCAGGAAAUAUUAGAGCUAUCAUUGUUCUGUGUGGUAAAUGGGGUGAUAAGUGCACUCCACGUCACUGGUUAGAGUUUAUGGGAACUCAUGACCCUUCACCUUUUCAAAUAAACUUUAAGUAUUAUGAAGGACCAGUACAUGUUGGAAAUCAAACUUACUUGCCAAUGGACACACACAUUAUUCCAUGCUCUCAAGCAGUUACUCCUCGUGGUGAGGCUUGCAGCUGUGUAGACUGUCCUGCAAGUUGUGAUACCCCCAUGUUUCCUACUUUUCCUCCACCUCCACUUGAAUGGCAUGUUUGGGGGAUACCAGGAAUGUGGGUGGUUAUGAGCUUUGUUUUCAUUGCAACUGUUAUAGCAGUGGUGAUCGGUUUUGUCUUGAGUACUCUACUUGGAAAAAGGGAAGAAGAUACAGACAACUUGCUAGACAGCAGUGAAGUGACUCCUCAGGAGGAAGGGGCAGUACAUCCAUUCCAUGAUUAUAGUAAUAAUACUCUAGUAAAAGUAGGAGUAUACUUAGAAUCAAGACUGGAAGAUUGCUUUGUAUAUAUGGGAACAUGUUGUGCUUCACACCCAGUCCUAGUACUGUUUUGUGGUGCUGUCUUAGUGGCUGUGUUUUCCUGUGGUCUGUUGUUAUUUACUGUCAUGUCAGAUCCUGUGGAAUUGUGGUCUGCAAAGCAGAGUGAAGCCAGAAAAGAAAGGGACUAUUUCAAUUCUCAUUUUCAACCAUUCUAUCGAACAGAACAAAUGAUUAUCACCAGAGUUGGAGGAGAGCCCAUAAGAUACAUAACACCAACUAAUCAGAAUCUCACUUUUGGACCAAUAUUUGAUAAAAAGUUUCUUCAUGAG